AGCAAAGGUGCCAGCGGCAUCGUCGGCAGCGGCGACCUCUCCGAAACCACUAAAGACUCUCAGCAGUUCCUCUCGCAUAGUACCCAGGGAGCCUCAGGGGAGUUCUUGGGUGGUUCUACGGGUACUCUGCGCUCUCUUCACAGGGGGCAUGCGGAGAAGCCGGCCACAGUCAUCAACGAUGCGGACUUCCCCUGUCUGAGUGUGGCCGCCGAACUACCCCGUCGCCUGAAAGGCAGUCUGACUCCAACAACACCGAAUUCAGCUGGUUAUGAUAACCGCCAUUCCGUCGACGUAGACGAGCCAGAAAGAAUUGCACAUGCAGAUCGCCGCUGGCCUUUCUACUACCCUGUACGGAACAUUGUUUUCUUCCCACCUACGUACCCGAUUGACUAUCCAGACCCCUACGCCGUAUACUACGAUCCGAUCACCUUUCAGUCCAUGUACGAGGUACCAGACUCGGUUGAUAGUGGUGGUGGUGGUGGCGGUGGUCUCUACCAGUUUCUUCGGCCUUCAUCCUAUGACAGCAGGGAGGAUCACAUGUCGGAGAUGUCUUCACUAUUUUUAUCAUCGGCAAAGCCAGGUUCGCGCCAA